AUCAGAGUGGGCCAGUCUGCGCUGAUUGGCCGAGAGCCGUAGCGGCGAAAUCUGAUCGAAAAAAAGGGUCGCUACGAAAUAAAGUGUGUGAGAGGGAGAGAGAGAAAAAAAAGAAAUCGAAUUUCCAUUCCUAUCAAAACAGAAUGUGUAUCUUGUGGAGCUUCUGGAAUCUCUUAUGUUCAGGAAAUCAAGCACUGUAACCAUUCCGAAGGAAGUAUACUAAGAGUGUAGAUUCCUUUCUUUGUGUGUGAUUUGGACCAGUGACACCAUGGGAAGAUCUUACGUCAUUGGGGAAUACAGUGAGAAGUAUCUUAAAAAACUGAAAGCGGAAGAGCGAUAUGGAACAACUGGUAUUUUAUUAGGGCAGAUUACGCCAGUGAAAACCUACAUAGUAUUUGCUGCUCGAACCCCACUUAAAGAUCAUGCUGAACUUCCACCAGAAAAUCCCAAUGAAAUGAAUGCAAGUGACAUCGAGUGGGUGUCUGAGCAUGCUCGACAGGUUUCCAGAAUGUUACCAGGAGGGAUAUUGGUCCUUGGAGUGUUUCUUAUCAGACCUCCAAAAAUGACAAAGGAGGAAGCUCAUGAUAUUUUUCGGAAAUUAGCAACUGCAGUUGAGGCUGCUGCUGCAAAGGAAAGACUCUGGAGCUUUACUGAGGAAGAACCAGCUGAGCGAGUUGUUCUCCAAGUCUAUGCUGAUUCAAAGAAAAUGAAGGUGCGAGCCUACGAUCUUCACAAUCCACAGACUCCUAUUAAAAUGCUAGACUGUAAAUCCAGCAGCCUCACAGCCCCUUGGCAGGUUGUGGAAGCUACCAUCAAUGUGGAAGUAUAUAUCCCUGUACCACCAUCUGCAGAACAACAGUUUGACAAGAAUUCAUUGAAAGGUCUGAAUUCCUGGGCAAAACAAAUUAUGCAAAGCAGUUACCUGAUAAAUGGACAGUUUAAAGAACCAGACAGCCUACUAGGAGAAGGAUCGAAAAAGAAAUUACCAGCGGAAGUUCAGUUCCUGACAGCUCCUGUUCCUAUUGCCGAGGGUGAGGUUGAUGCCUUAAUUGAAGACUGUGGCAGCUCUGUUGGUGUGAAGGGAACUGUACGUUGCAGAGCUUAUCUCCAUGGCAGUAAAUCCAAAGUAAAAGAUGCCAUUCAGGCUCUAAAAAGAGAUGUGCUAAACACUGUGUAUAUCCGCUGUGAAAUGGUAUUUGAGGAUCAAAUUCUGAACAAAAAUGUUGGUGGUGAUUCUGGACUCCUCAAAGCUCCACACAGGGUAUUUGCCUCAGUGUUGCCAUCCGGUGUUGCUUUUUGCGAUUAUGGUUUUUCAGAUGAGGGAAGUAAAGAGCUGGAAGAACGUUAUAAGGAAUUGUUGGAUUAUGAACUACACCCAGCACAGUUGGAUAGGGCAGAAGAAAUCAUGUUAGAAGAGUUGGGGACCGAAGGACUCCAAGAUAAAGAUCUGUCAAAGAGAGCAGGAGGUCAAUACGGCUCAGAAGGGUUUAAGUACAAGGGUGUGGCAGCAGCAGCAGGUGUAGGAGUCAUCGCAGUAGCAGUCUCUGUGAUUUAUUUUGGGAACUUCAUUGGUGAAUCAGCUUGAACACUGUAUCAGCAAUCCAACUCCUUUUUCAAGGAACACAAGAUCCAGUUCCCAUGCUUUUUUGACUGAAACUGUAUUCUCAGCUCCAUUUGAAUAAAACCAUUACACAGAGAGAGAA